UGGACUUGUGCUUUCGUUCUUCCCACUAUAAAUACCAUCCACAUACCAUUUGAUUUUUAUCAACCUGCAAGCUUUAGUCAAUUGAUCAAAAUCUUUAUCAUCAUCUAUUGUCUUAGAAACAAGCCAAGUCAUGUCUAACACCGCUGGACAAGUCAUUCGAUGCAAAGCUGCUGUGGCAUGGGAGGCUGGGAAACCACUGGUCAUUGAAGAAGUCGAGGUGGCACCGCCACAGGCUAAUGAAGUUCGUUUGAAGAUCAUCUUCACCUCUUUAUGCCACACUGAUGUUUACUUCUGGGAAGCUAAGGGACAAGCACCAUUAUUUCCUCGCAUUUUUGGCCAUGAAGCUAGCGGAAUUGUGGAGAGUGUUGGUCCUGGUGUGACUGAUCUCCAACCAGGUGACCAUGUUCUUCCUGUGUUCACUGGGGAGUGCAAGGAGUGCCGCCACUGUAAAUCAGAAGAAAGCAACAUGUGUGACCUCCUCAGAAUCAAUACUGAUAGGGGUCAUAUGCUUCACGAUGGCCAGUCGAGGUUCUCUAUCAAUGGGAAGCCCAUUUACCACUUUCUCGGCACCUCCACAUUUAGUGAAUACACUGUUGUCCAUAUUGGCUGUGUUGCCAAGAUCAACCCUGCCGCCCCUCUCGACAAAGUUUGUGUGCUCAGUUGUGGACUAUCCACAGGUCUUGGUGCCACUUUGAAUGUUGCAAAACCAAAAAAGGGUCAAUCUGUUGCAAUUUUUGGACUAGGUGCUGUUGGCCUUGCUGCGGCAGAAGGGGCAAGGAUAUCUGGAGCUUCGAGAAUCAUUGGUGUCGAUUUGAAUCCCAAUCGAUUUGAAGAAGCCAAGAAGUUUGGUGUUACUGAGUUUGUGAAUCCAAAAGAUUAUGAUAAGCCUGUACAACAGGUAAUUGCUGAGAUGACUGAUGGAGGAGUUGAUCGCAGUGUUGAAUGCACUGGGAGUAUCCAAGCCAUGGUCUCAGCAUUUGAAUGUGUUCAUGAUGGUUGGGGUGUUGCUGUACUUGUGGGCGUCCCAAACAAGGAUGACUCAUUCAAAACUCAUCCUAUGAACCUGUUGAAUGAGAGAACUCUCAAGGGAACCUUCUUUGGCAAUUACAAGCCCCGCAGUGAUCUUCCUUCUGUUGUGGAAAUGUACAUGAAUAAGGAGCUAGAAGUGGAGAAAUUCAUCACUCACUAUGUUUCUUUCUCGGAGAUUAACAAAGCUUUCGACUACAUGCUGAAAGGAGAGUCUCUGAGGUGCAUUAUUCGCAUGGAUGGCUAGAAAACUACAUGAUCCAUUGUUUGGUGGAGAUCAUAGCUUCUUCUAUCCGGUAAUCGAAGAGGAGUGCCUUAUUAUUAGGAUCUUUUUAAGCUUGUGAAGAGAUGAAUUAGUUUUUUCAGCAGAAUUUGUGGCUUUGACCUUAUGGACAAAUUUAUGUAUUUUUAAUAUAUCUAUGUCAAUAAUGUGAUGUCUUUUACUUUGUUA